GUCAUUUCUAUGUCAAACAGAAUUUUGUCAAGAGGAAGCACCGCCGCACAGCAGAAAAAAGUUAUUUUCAUUCGAGAAAAUGGCGGACAAGACUGUGGACGGGGGGGCGUGGACGGGAUGUGCAGUCAUGUUUCUGCAGUCACUGGUUCCUGACGUGGACCUGCUCACUCUCUACAAAGACCAGCAGGGAAAGUUCAUAAUUUUUAAAGUCAUCAAGCUGACUCUUGGAGAUUCUGCAGGAGGUCUGGGAGGCUAUGAGAUCCUAAAGGUCCAUGAUGCUGAGCCCUUCCUGGGGGUGGAGGUGAAAUUCGUGGAUGUGGCAGCAUGUCAGCAGUUCCUGGAGAGCUACAGCUCCGGAGCGGUGCGUCAGUCCCUUUCCCAACACGCCUGCCGGCUUCUCGCUGUUCCUCAAGACUUCACUGUAGAAACCCAGCUAAAGGCUGGGACCCAAAAUCUGGAUCUGUGUCUGGACCAGCUGACUGUCUGUCUGCAGCAUAUCCACCUCUCACAGCCGGGGCGCCUGCGGGAUGAAGAGAUUGAACGUCUGGAGCAGCAGUUGCAGAACCAAGCCUUGGGUCCCGCCCCACAGCCCCCCACAGUCACACAGGAAGAGUCUCCGCUCCCCAGCAACUGCUUCAAGUUUCAGAACAGAGUGUUUGAGGACCGAAUGCUGACACCGGCAGAUGUUCAGAGCUUUUCAAACGGAGUGGGCCGUCAGUGGAAACAUGUAGGGAGGGCCCUGGGGAAGAGCUGUCGCGCUCUAAAGGGCCCCGCCAUUGACAACCUGGCCUAUGAAUAUGAGAGAGAAGGGCUGUACGAACAAGCCUAUCAGCUGCUCAGCCGUUUCAUCCAGGCGGAGGGGAGGGCGGCCAAGCUGAGCCGACUGGUCAGAGCUCUGGAGGACAGCAAACUUACCAGCUUGGCUGAAAAUAUGCUGGACAUGCAUCCCAGAGAGUAACUGUGUGCAAAACAAAAACCAAAACUGAGGUCUGGGUUCCUCUGUGGGAAUGGAAACAUUCUCCCACCUGCUUUAUCAUUCAGAGUAGCACUUCCUGUUCCACUCACUUCUUCCUCAUGUUUAAAUCAGAACCAAGUAUGUGUGAUUGUGUGCGAUUUCACAGGUUGUGUGAGUGGGAUUCAGAUCGGCAUGUCGUAGUCAGUUUUUUUGGUAUUUUUAGUUUAUUUUGUUUAUUUGAAAUAACCUGUCAUCACUGUUAAGAGAAAAUGCAAGCAGGAGUUUAAUGCACUGUCUGAACUGUUUUUAUCAUGUCCCCUUUUUUCCCGUGUUACAUAUCAGUUAAGAGAUGAAAUCUGUUGGGUCCUGCUUCUAAUCGCGACAAAAACGGGAGGAUAUUGAUUUUUUUUUUCUAUGAAAUGGGUUCUUGCAAAUUAAAUGGUUGUGGAAAGAAAAA